CCUCAUUCAUUAUCAAUCAAAGAAAACGAAACAGCAGAAUUCCGUGUUGAAAUAACCGGCAAACCUGCGCCAACCGUAAAGUGGUUGCUAAACGGCAAGGAACUGCGUGAGACAGACGAGCAUAUUACAAUUAAAUCAUACCAAGAAGUUUAUACACUGAGAAUCGAGAAAACAAGUGUGAAACAGUCUGGUGAAGUUGUCGUGACAGCCGAAAAUCCCGCCGGCAUGAUUGAGCCCGACCUAACAAAGCCGGUGUUCAAGACUCAUCUCAUUGAUCGGAGUGUUAGCGAGGGUGAGCCGCUUCGUUGGGACGUUGCAAUCGAAAGACCUUACAUGGGAGUGACCGUGAAAUGGUUCCUCAGUGGCAAGGAGUUGACAAACAGCGAGAAUGUUCAAAUCAUUGACCAUGGGGAAGGAAAAUACCACAUAACAAUCAACGAAGCUAAAACGGAGAUGUCUGGAACACUGGUUGUCCAGGCAACAAAUUCCUAUGGAACCAGUGAAUCGCGUGCAACAGUGGAAAUCAAAGAAGCAGCGAAAAAACCAGAAUUCUUGAAACAACCUCAAGAUCGUUCAGUAGAGGUGGAUGAAACUGUAAAAUUCAGUGCUACCGUUUCCGGAAAACCAACUCCUACCGUAAGCUGGUUUAUGGAAGAAACAAAACUGGUAACAAACGAAGAGCUUCGUGUGAAAUUCGAUGAAACAACCGGGAAAACAUCAAUAAAAAUCUACAAAGCCAAACUAUCCGAUAGCGGCAAGAAGAUCACUGUAAAAGCUGAAAAUACAGAAGGAAAAAUAGAGGCAAGCUCACUGCUUACAGUGGACAAGAAGUCGGAACCACCGAGCAUUGAAAAGGAGAUGAAUAGUCGUCAGGUGAACGAAGGUACGAAAGUGAGCUUCUCGGUCACGGUCACUGGCUAUCCUGCUCCGGAAGUUGUCUGGUACCGUAAUGGUGAACCAAUUACACCUGGAGGUAACAUCAGUAUGACGGCCGAGAAUGGUGUAUAUACAUUAACCAUUGAGAACGUUACCCCGGAUCAGAGUGGUGAAAUUUCCUGCGAAGCUAAGAACACCGUCGGAUCAAAGAAACAGUUUGCAACGCUGACGGUGAAAGCAGUCGGCGAAGCACCAAUUUUCCAGAAGAACAUCGAGGAUAAAUUGGUGGUUGAAGGUGAAGAACUGGUUAUGGAUGCGAAACUUGCCGAGGUGAAACCGAAACCAACAAUUUCAUGGCUGAAAGAUGGCAAACCGUUAGAUGAUGCUCGUUUCCAGACAAGUCAACAAGAUGACGGUACACUGAUCCUGAAAAUCGAUUCAGCUCAACUGGAUGAUAAAUCCAGGAUCACGAUAAAAGCCGAAAAUCAAUUCGGAUCAGCUGGUAAGGAUCCUCAGUCUUGA